GGUGAGCUGCCUACACAUAGUUCUCACGCGCACACUGCACUCGCUGCCCGGUGUUGAAGCGCAUCUCCCGAAGUCUGGCGAACACGGGAGGUGACGGUGAGGGUGAGGGCAGGGCGAGGUGAUUGUCGGUGGUACUCCCCAGACUGAGCGGCGCUUCGGGUCAAGAUAGACAUUGCACAGAUCGCAUACUGGCGCUUGCGCUUCAAUGCUUGCGUUCGAUUGUCAUCAUUGCUCUCGCUUCAGGCGGGAGCUUCCUAUGCGCCAUCUCUACUCACUGUACACCAGCAGGUCUGGGUCACUACCCUCCAUGAAAUACCUCCUACAUGUACUUCUUGCGUGCGCAUUUGAAACGCCUCGAGGACUUGUCCCCGUCUACUGUACGCUACCCCUGCGAUAGCUAUUCAGCCUGGCAUUAUUCGGCUUCGGGGACGCCUUGCAUGAACGACUCUGCGCUGUGCCCAGAAUGAUACCCGCCGCCCUCUGUGGGCUUAUCUGAGGGCACAGGAUCGAUCAGAUCUUCUGGAAAGCAGAUACCAGGACGUCAGCACAAGAAUAAGACUGGACUGGUUCCCUCAGAGUCAACAAUCAUCAAUCAGAUCAGAUAUGGUGCGGCCAAUCCAAGCCUCGGCACUCACGCAGUCGUUGUCUUUCGAUCGAGUGGCUUCUUCGGCCGCACGUGGCAAACUCCAGCGAUUCGACGGCAUCGACAAGACGACCGAGCAAUGGGAUCAUCUGCGUAGGGACCAUGAGAUAUGGUUUGAAGAUGGUGAUUGCAGUGUUCACCUCUACGCUGUCAACACAUCUCAUCGGGGCCCAAGUUUCAAAAUUCCUCUGAAGAUUGUAGAGCAGACCAAUAGCCGAUACCUGCUUCAAGAGUGCCUUCGGUCAAGCCCAGCGAGCAGUGAAGACGAAGGUUCCGACAGCGGCUUUAGUGGGUCCGCAGAUGGAAGCCAGCUUGUUUCUUCCUCCGAGCUUUACAUUCCAGCUCCGCCCUGCGCAACCCGACAGGAAGCUCAUCUGUACCACAUCGGCACACGAAAUUAUUUUGCCCAUCUGGUCAAGGCCCCGUUGGUGGGCGAGACGUUGGGUAUCGCCAUUACGGAGCUCUGGAAACGAAUACACCUAUGGCAAGCAAGCGAGGUCGCUCAAUAUGACUUGCGAGAAUAUCUGCAAGAGCAAGGAUACUUGAGCUACGUGGAAAACCCUGGGUAUGCACUGGCAUCGUUGUACUUUGCAGAGCGGACUCGAGAUAAGGAUACAUGGUCGGACGCCUUUGUACAUUGCGUAGGCAUGCACGAUCGGCUUGAGGGGAGUGAGGAAUAUGCACCUUUGAGCGACGAAUCCAAAAUCCUGCUGGCACACGCCGCGAAUGACAUGAAGUCGCACAUCUCUCAGGUAACGAAGAAUCUAGGCACCUUCCUCGAGGACGACCUUGGCCCGGAGAAUCUCGGCUUGACUAGAUAUCUACGAAACCAUCUUGACCGAUUUCGAAGCACGCUUCACAGCUUCUAUGUCCAGGAGAUCAAUGGCUACUUCCCUCCGGACGAAUCAGACCCAUGGGGUAAGAAGUUGUGGCAUGGUAUGCACAGAGACUUCCAGUGUCUGUACCUGUACCUGGCAGACGCCAAGUCGUUGGUCGAUCAUGCGAGCAACCUCGGAGCUCAAGGCGGUAUUUGCGUCACGCAGACUUUGAAUGCAUUUGACGAACGUCACGACUUCGAGCCUCUUGUGUACACUCUCCCGCUUUUACCAGAAGUCAAGGCACGACCAGAGCCGCCAGGUCCGGAAAAGAGGAGGAAUUUGGGAUCGAUGCGCAUAGCUCGUGCAGGCACCAUUGGAUCUUACAAGCCGACACCAGGACAGGCGUUGGCAAACGCAACAAACAGCGACGAUCCUAACAUAACAGGAAAUCGCUUGGUCCAGGAGUACAGGCGUUUUGAGAACACGAAAAUGGAGGAGAAGACCACGAUUACUGAAGCUCGUAAAGUUCGAUGGCUUUUGGUUUACCAGGCUCUACAGAUGCUCAACAGCAUUGCACAAGCACCAGCUGAGGUCCGAAACGCGACAGGUUUAUCUUAUCCUCUUUGUAUCCUGGAUCCAGCAUGUCCGACUUGGAUGGCGGAGGAGCUGACGUGGCAAAUGCAAGAUGAACUUGCUGCGCACGAUGCCGGAGCAUUCGAAACAGUACACGAGUCAUUGGAAGACGACAGGAUAUCCAUCCAUCCUGAUUGCGAGGCCAGCUGUGCCGCCGACUAUUUCUCCAUGACUUCUUUCAGGAGGACAGAUUCUGGUACAAGCCUGUCGAGCGAGAUAAGCACUCCCCUCAGGGCGAGCUCGACCUUGUCUCGUACUGCUUCCAUUAGAUCGAGCGUAAGCACGCUACAUCGAUCCGUGGUCGGCAGUCUGGUGCGAAGAAACAGCCAACGACGCACUAAUUCCAGCGUUCCGUCCGCGAGGUCACCCACGGGGGGCACCUUCUGUGAGACUCUGCACGAGUUACACGGCAGUGAGGUGGAGGAAGCAUCGCCGGUCGACAGCAUGAUGAGCUUCGACGCCAAAGUCGCAGCAGCCGAGCCGGAGAUGGUCUCUUCUUUAGGACCACCUGCAACGCACAGUGACGCGCCAACACUGGAGAUGCAUCAAUUAUCGCUAGAUGGUACUGUGAAGCCUACCGGAAGGCUGCGCCAUACCUCAAUUCGACGACAGAGGCGAAUUUCUGUUACAGACUCCGAGGAGUGCGAGUUUCCAGCUAAUGAGGCUAUGCCGAUGGUUGUACCGGAGACCUCAGACUUCAGCGGAUUUGCGUUCGAUUUCGACGUGCCAGUAUCGAUGACAGAACAUCUACUAGAAGUCUCUGGUGUUCGGUCGAUGCAUACAUAAGCUAUAGGCUGGCUGGAGACGAUCUUGGAUUUCCAUCGGAGAACACUCAGACUAGUCUUCUGAACCAAAGAAAGCCCGUGUUCGGACUAGUGGGCCUUGAGUGGCGUUAAUUCAGAAUGCGUUUCCUGUGCAGACCCGAACGAGGUCAAAGAUGGUCGUGAGAGGGAGAUCCAGGCUCUCGAAGGGUUGAGUGAUGUUGCUUAUGUUUAAGAUACCCAUUCCGCAAUAUAUUGUUGAUAGCUUGCC